CCAUCAUCAUCAUACCUUGAUUUUAUGUCUAGAAAAUGAAAUCUGGUAACAGCUCGAGGUGAAAUUCCUGCCCUUCUUUCCAUGCCAACGAGUAAAAGGUAGCUUUUAACAAACGCAAAAUUCCCCUCAAUCACGUAAAGAAUCCAAUGCCUUGACACAUCACCACUGUAUUUAUGUGCUCUAAUUUCCGGUUUCCCCCCAACAUUCAAGACCUUGCCUUUGGUGAAGACCUUCAUUUGCUGCAAAUCCAUGGCCAAUGUAGUGGAGCUGAAAGUGAAUUUGCACUGCGAGGAAUGUAUAAGGAAAGUCCUGAAAGCCAUCAAGAAGAUAGAAGAUAUCGAAACAUACAACGUAGAUACUCAGCUGAGCAAGGUUACAGUCACCGGAAAUGUCACAACAGAGGAAGUCAUCAGAGCACUUCAAAAGAUCCGAAAGACGGCAAGCCCUUGGGAGGGAGAUGAAAACGUGCCCUUAAAUUAACUUCAAAAAUACUCGCUGCAAACUCCAAGGAACCAUUACAAACAGCUACCAUUUCGUUGGCCGGACAGGAGAUAGAUUCACCGAGAACAGAGGAUGUAUCUAUGAUUCUUCUGCUUCACUACCUCGUAAAACACCUAGUAUUUGUAUAAUUGUAUUUCAAGUUUUUUACCCUUUUUGCACUUCCUUUCAAUGUGUGAUUAGAUUAAUCCACCAUGAUGUUGUAUCUCUGCUUCUUCUGCUUCACUACCUUAUGGAACACCUA